AUGAUAGCUGAGGAGAUAGAAAAUGGUGAAAAGGGUGUGAGUGGGGAGGUUGAAAAGGAGAAGGAUGAUGAGCCAACAGAGAAACCUUUGAUAACCAUGAUGGCGGCCAAUGUCAUUGACAAAAGUAAGGAGAUUGAUGUAGAGGAUGAUUUUUCUCAUGAUACAGUGGAUUUGAGCACCUUGUCCCCUCUUCAAGCAUUGAAACUUUCCACCCAAGAUCAAAUCAAGGAUUUGAGUCUUGAAUACAUCAAUCUCACAGCAAAUCAUCUACAAGGCCGCCUAUUGCUAAAUGCUUCAGCCUGGAAAGACUUGGAGGUCGUGGAUGUGUCUAACAAUGCAUUAUGUGGACAAAUACCAUCAAUUUGGCCGUCUAAUAUACAAGUGUUGCUGCUCAACAUCAAUUCAUUGACGGGAAAUAUUCCUCCAAGACUGCAAGGUUGCUCUUCACUGCACAUAUUAAAUUUUGCAAAUAAUCAUUUGAAUGGAAUCAUCCCUCCAAGCUUAGCCAAUUGUUCUGCUCUUCGGGUUUUGAAUUUGGGGGAUAAUGAUUUAAGGGGAGUGAUUCCAUCUGACUUUGGUAAGUUAAUUCAGCUGCAGUCACUAGUGAUAAAGAAUAACAAGGUGAGUGGAUCAUUCCCUCCAUCCAUAUCAAACUGUAGAAAAUUAUAUUUUCUGGAUAUCGGGCAAAAUUUAUUGAAAGGUCAAAUUCCAAAGUCAAUAGGAAAUAUUUCAGAGCUGCGAGUGCUAGCAAUGAGGAGGAACAAGUUUGAAGGUAGUAUUCCUGUGGAAAUUGCACAUCUGAAACACCUUCAAAUUUUGGAUCUUUCUUCAAAUUGUCUAUCGGGGCUCAUACCUCAUGACAUUUUCAGUUUACCAGCAAUGCUGAUAGAACCAUACAAGGAAUUUAGCGUGGCUACAAAUUUAACAAUUGGCGUUUACUUGUAUAGGUUUAAUGAUCCCAGUUACAUGUAUAACAAUGGAUUGAAUAUGGCUUCAAAAGGUAGAGAUCAGAACUAUACAUAUAUUUUCCCCACAAUGGCAUCCAUAGACCUCUCAGAUAAUCAAUUGAAUGGGAAUCUUCCUUCUGAUUUGGGAAAUCUGAAGGGGUUGAAGUUGUUCAAUCUUUCCAUAAACAAUCUCAAUGGUACUAUUCCAAAUAGUAUUGUUCAAAUGAGUUGGUUGGAAUCAUUAGACCUUUCAACAAAUCAUUUUUCUGGACAAAUUCCUUCAGAUCUUGGUUCUUUGAGCUAUUUAGGAGCUCUCAACUUUUCUAACAACAAUCUUUCAGGUAGCAUACCACAAGGAGGACACAUGACCACAUUUACUGAAUCAUCAUAUUCAGAUAAUCCAAAUUUAUGGGGAUGUCCACUUCAAAAGAAAUGUUCUUGGCCAGAAUUUUCUCUUGCUCCUCCUCCCAUUUCUAAGUAUAUUAAUGAAGAAGAGCAAAGUGAGGAAAAUUUGUGGUAUUGGAUAGGAGUGGGUCUAUCAUAUGGAGCAGGUUUUGCAGCAGUUGUGGUGCCAGUUGUAUUGAAAAGAAAAUGGGGAUAUCAAUACUUCAAGGGAGUUGAUUUAGUGUUGAAUUUUUUUUUUCCAUGGUUCCACAAGUUGACUUUAUGA